CUCACAUAAUUUAAAAUAAUCAAAACAAAAUAGCAGGGAGCUGCGAGUCGAAUAGUUGAUCUGAGGUCUAGGCUUUAUUUAAUAAAUAUAAAUAUAAAUAUAAAUAGAAAAGUGUGGCCUCCUUCUCGAAAUCAUAGAACAGCUGCAGCAACAACAAAAUAUAAACAAAACAAACAAGCAGCGAGUUGCUACUUUUUUGCAUUUUUUGGCGCGAAUUUGUUUAUAACAAAUGAACGGAGCAAGAAAGUCAAAGUCUCUGAAAACUGUACGUCUGGGCGACCUAGUCUACGAUGAGCAGAAGAGGCUGCUGAUGCUGUGCCGCAGCUGCGAUAAUUAUUUUGUCAGAUUUCAAAUGUUCCAACAACAUUUGGUCGACUGCUCUGGCGUUAAACAUGUUGUGAACUCCACUGAUCAACUCAGCUACGUCGAGGAGAAGCAUGAGACGAGGUUAACAAAUGGAGGACAGGAGCUCCACAUUUACAACAUUGAAGAUGUGAGCAGCAGUGUCAUUGACUGGGAGGCAGAAUUGGAAGAUCCCCGUUGGUACGACGACGAGACGCGCUUAUCCGCGCUCCCCAAACCAAAGACAUCGCAUUCCAAAGAAAAUGUGGUGGGCAAAAGCCAAUUGGUCAUUGAGAAGACACCGCAGAUAGCAGCCGCAACGAGGACCAUAAGGCGUCGGCAAAGCCCGAUUCAUAAACAUCCAACCAAAAAGAUUAAGACAGAGGCUGUCAUUGUGCCCCAUGUAAUGGAGGACUUAAAGCGUCUGGUGGCCACUGACACGGAAGUCCAGCCGUCUCCAGCAGUUGCCAAUGGCAGUGUAGGCAAAGAAGCCACCACUAACACCACCCAACAGAUACUCAGCAAACUUCGGGCAUGUGGCGUCGAUGUGAAGCGUGCCAAGACUCAAGUGAUUCCCAUUCCUACAGUAGACCCCGAUUUGGCGAAAAAACAGAAAACACUCGAAAUAAUGCGUAAGUUGCAAUCAAAAGGAAUCAAGUGCACCAAAAUAAGAGGUGAAUGCAAUGCACCAAAAAUAACGGAGGAAUUCUCGACUCAAAAGCGAAGAGGGGAAUACCCUGAACCAAUAAUAAAAUUCCAUCCAAAGCAUAUUACAAAGGUGUACGAUGUACCCUUAAUGCAAGAUAAUCCGUGUUCGAUGAGAGCGGAAUCCAAUAUACCAAAAAUUACAAAGGAAUACUACAAUGCAUCAAAAAUAAAAAAGCUGUCCUAUGCACCAUAACAAAAAAGGCUAUUACUCUUAGUUGUAUGCUUAUGCUUGUGUAUUAUUAUCUAAUAUAAAUGCAUCCUGGGCUAUACAUAAAGCAUACAUCCAUGUAGAUAAAGUCGAACUAGUAUCUAGUAUUAGCGUAGCGGCAGAAAUUAUACUGUGAAAGUAUAAACUGAGGAGUAGGUAUAUUUAUGGUCUAUUGGUAUAUACAUAUGUAUAUGUACGUAUAGCCUGGUUUGCCAUGUAUACUGCAUGUUCAAUGCAUCAUGUAAAUGAAUUUUUUUGGAGUUAAAUUUACUUAAAAAUUCAGAAAUGACAUGUCAGAAAAUUCCAACUGAAGAUAUAGGAUAAUAUGAAGCCAUUGCGCUCCACAAUAACUCGGGAGCUGUCAGAUUUGUAUGGACAUAUGUGCAUAAUAAGUAACCUAAAAUCCAUCUGUCCGAUUUCUAAAUUUGAAGUGGGUAACAAAAAAAAGGAGACCUUUGUGGCACAAAUUUUAAUUCAAACUAGAUUGUCCAACAAAGGUGAUUUUUUACAAUUUUCCAUGUUAUGGCAGCGCUGUCAUUUGCCCGCAAAAUUCAAUAAUCAAAUUAUUGAGACCCCAGAAAAACAAUAUUUCGUAGAGCAAACAAACGAAAUGACAAGAUGAAUAGUUUAACACACAUUUUUAAUGUAUUGUGCAAAAGUUAAAAGUACUUAAUAAUACAUUUCUACAUAAACAGAAUAUACGUAUAUUAAAAGCAUAAA